UCACAGCAAUGGCUUCGCCGUUUCUGGAGAGUCCUGUGGAUCUAGGAGCUCAAAUUGUAAAAAGAGCACUUCGUGGGGAAAGGGUGUUGAGAGACAGACAAAACCCACUUGCCUUCCCUGAUGAAUAUUUAUACGAGAAUUACAGAUUUUCGUCGGAAGGAAUCGUGUAUCUUUGUCGGCUUCUUGAGCGCCACAUUAAAAAUCCGACGCGGAGAAGUCAAGCGAUCAGUGUUCCUCAAAUGUUAUGUAUUGCCUUGCGUUUCUUCACAAGCGGUACAUAUCUGUAUGCUGUGGGUGAUGCCGAAAAGAUCAGUAAAAACACUGUCUGCCGAACUAUCCGCCGGGUGGUCAUGGCACUUCAGAGAUAUAUAAACAAUUUCAUUGUGUUCCCUGGUCACUUACCCACUUAUGCCAUAAAGGAGGGUUUUCGUAAAAUAGCUGGAUUCCCCAAAGCCAUUGGAGCAAUAGGUUGCACACGCAUUGCAAUUUCUAAGCCCGUUAGAGAGAUUGAGGCUGACUAUAUUGACAAGAAAUUCACUCACAGCCUCAAUGUUCAGAUGACAUGUGACCAUCAGUGUAUGGUCACAAGCUUGGAUGCUAGAUGGCCUGGAUCAGUACAUGACUCCCAAAUUUUCAACUCAUCAGUGUUGUAUCAGCGCUUUAAGGACGGGCUAUAUGAUGGCGUCUUGGUAGGAGACAGAGCAUAUGCUUGUCAGAGCUUUUUGAUGUCUCCCUAUCAGAACCCAGAGACACAACCGCAGCAUAACUUCAACAUGACCCUUGGUCAAACAGGGCUCAUGAUGAAAAGGACUUUUGGCAUUUUAAAGUCACGGUUUGGAUGUCUCCGUGAUCUAAGGGUGUCACCAGAACGGGCAUCACAGAUCGUCGGUGCGUGUGCCGUCCUCCACAACAUAGCUACUAUAAGAAAGGAACGAGUGCCACAGGAACACCACAUCACUCCUGAUGACGUUGAUCCUGUUAGCCCGGAUCACCCAGCUGGCAGAGUUAUGCGAGAUAACAUAACUACACAGUACUUUUAGCUAAAAUUCAACAAAGGUGCACUGGAAUGCACAAGAAUAUCUACAGUUACCCAAAAUCUUAUAAAUGUUAAAAAUAAUUUGAUUUCUUUAAAGGGAUAGCUCACCCAAAAAUGAUAAUUCUGUCAUGAUUUACCUUGAGGGUGUCAAGUUGUUCCAAAAUGUUGAACACAUAUUUGGACGAAUGUUAGCAACUGACAUUUUUUGGGCAUCCUUGAAUUAGUGGAGUACUUCACGAAAGAAUUUCAUUUUUGGAUGGACUAUCCCUUUAACAGUUACAUGCAUUUAAUUUAAUAUACUCUGAACUGUAUUUAAUAUUAUUUCAAAGAGGGUGACACUAUAUGACUAUGUUUUGGAAAAAAAACAGAACAUUUUUUAGCUGAUGCAAAAUUGUAUUUUGCAUGUCAAACUGUGAGGACUGCACUCAUUUCACUUUAAUAUUACAAAUCUUGCCCAGAAUACUGUCCCAGGAUGCUGACAGUGACCUACUACUUACAAACACUGAAAGACAAAAAUAAAGUGCCUGAAUGUACAAUGUUUAAAACAACUGUCAAACAAUGUCAAUAAAGUAUAAAAGAUCAAAAUCUAUUUACCAUUCAGUACACAAAAGCUGAAAAAUGGAAUGUUUAAAAAACAAGCAUUUCACAGUUAAACUGGGUUAUGUAUGCAAAUUAUGUCCCCCUAAAGAUUUUUUGUAACAAUUCCAAACCGGUUUGUAAAACUAACUAGUAGCUCCAUCACACCUCAAACAGCUUAUAUACCAAUAAACAACUCUUUUUAACACUG